AUGAUUCUUGAAGGAAAUGGCCUGUAUCCCCAGUGCCAACAACUUGUGACCGAUGAAGAGUUGAGAUUGGCAUCAUUUUUGGUGAAGUCUUUGAGGCGCCGUCAGCUGGAAUCCAGAGAAUGGAGGUGCGAUUCGUGCUUCGGGACAGAAUCGGCCAGCCAGAUUUGGUGGCAGGACUGUAAAAACAUCUUGUGUCAGACCUGCGAGAGAUUCCAUCAGAAAUCCCAACCCGGACACAAGACCAAAGGCUUGUCGGGCGUGUCGAGGGUGGAGGCUAUCCGGGUCAUCAGGACAGACGAAUUUCAACGGCACCGCCAAUCGAAGGACGCAUUCUGCGAGUGGUGCAACUUGUGCCUGUGCAAAGCAUGUUACACUGAUCACGUGACCACCUCCCAUCCAUGUCCGCCUCGUCCGCUGUCGGUGAGGGAGGAGGCGUUGAAAGAGAGAAAACGCGGCCCCAACCUGAAACGGGAACUGGGCGAGUUCGAAAUCCAAAUCAGGAAGACAUCUAUCUAUCUAUCUAUCUCAGAUCUUUUCAUAUCUAUCUAUCUAUCUCAGAUCUUUUUAUUUAUAUCUAUCUAUCUAUCUAUCUAUCUAUCUAUCUAUCUAUCUAUCUCAGAUCUUUUCAUAUCUAUCUAUCCAUCUAUCUCAGAUCUUUUCAUAUCUAUCUAUCUAUCUAUUUAUCUAUCUCAGAUCUUUUCAUAUCUAUCUAUCCAUCUAUCUAUCUCAGAUCUUUUUAUUUCUAUCUAUCUAUCUAUCUAUCUAUCUAUCUAUCUAUCUAUCUAUCUAUCUAUCUCAGAUCUUUUCAUAUCUAUCUAUCCAUCUAUCUAUCUCAGAUCUUUUCAUAUCUAUCUAUCUAUCUAUCUAUCUAUCUAUCUAUCUAUCUAUCUAUCUAUCACAAAUCUUUUCAUAUCUAUCCAUCUAUCUCAGAUCUAUCUAUCUAUCUAUCUAUCUAUCUAUCUAUCUAUUUCAGAUCUUUUCAUAUCUAUCUAUCUAUCUAUUUAUCUAUCUCAGAUCUUUUCAUAUCUAUCUAUCCAUCUAUCUAUCUCAGAUCUUUUUUAUUUCUAUCUAUCUAUCUAUCUAUCUAUCUAUCUAUCUAUCUAUCUAUCUAUCUAUCUCAGAUCUUUUUUCAUAUCUAUCUAUCCAUCUAUCUAUCUCAGAUCUUUUCAUAUCUAUCUAUCUAUCUAUCUAUCUAUCUAUCUAUCUAUCUAUCUAUCUAUCUAUCUCAGAUCUUUUCAUAUCUAUCUAUCCAUCUAUCUAUCUCAGAUCUUUUCAUAUCUAUCUAUCUCAUAUUCGCGAAAAUCAAAUUUUCCGGAAUUUCAUCAACGAGACUAG